AUGAAUUCCACAAAAUUCCUGACCAUUUUCUCUGUUCUCAUUGUCUCCACCACCGCUUUGCUGGGAUUUAUAGGAUCUAAGCAAGGGGUUACGGUAACAGGACGACUCAUUUGUAAUGGACAACCUGCUAGUGGAGUACUUGUCAAGAUGUAUGAGGAUGGAACUAUCUACGACAGCAAAUUAGACUCCCAAAAAACUGGUGCCGACGGGACGUUCCGUGUAUCAGGAUCUCAAAAUAAAAUCCGAACGAUCGAUCCAAAAGUGAACAUUUACCACAAGUGCAAUUAUAAUGGACUCUGCUCCAAAAAAGUGUCCAUCAACAUUCCUAAGAGUGCAGUGGUCAGUGGAUCGGGCAGCAACGCUCGUAACUACGAUAUUGGAACCAUUAAUCUGGCCAACAAAUUCAGUGGAGAAUCUACGGAUUGCAUUCAUUAA